AUGUGGGAGUUCCGGUCCAUGAAUUUUUGGCGGGCGGUCUUCGCCGAGUUCUUCGGGACCAUGUUCUUCGUGUUCUUCGGCAUGGGCGCCGCACUGCGCUGGACCACGGGGCCUCUCCACGUCCUCCACGUGGCCCUGUGCUUCGGGCUCGCCGCCGCCACCCUCAUUCAGUCCGUCGGUCACAUCAGCGGCGGCCACAUCAACCCCGCCGUCACCUUCGCCUACCUGGUCGGCUCGCAGAUGUCCCUGUUCCGCGCCGUUUUCUACAUAGCCGCCCAGUGCCUGGGCGCUGUGGCCGGGGCCGCUGUGCUUUACGGGGUCACGCCCGGCAACAUGAGGGGCAACAUGGCCAUGAACACGCUGCAGCCGGGCAUCAGUCUGGGGAUGGGCACCACCGUGGAGGUGUUCCUCACCAUGCAGCUGGUGGUGUGCGUCUUCGCUGUGACCGACGAAAGGAGAAACGGACGCAUGGGGUCCGCCGCCCUGUCCAUCGGCUUCUCCGUCGCCAUCGGACAUCUCAUGGGGAUGAACUACACCGGCGCCGGGAUGAACCCCGCCAGGUCCUUCGCCCCGGCUGUGCUCUUCAGGAACUUCGCCAACCACUGGGUGUACUGGGUCGGGCCGAUGAUAGGCGGCGCCAUGGGGGCCAUCCUGUACGACUUCAUGCUCUUCCCGCGCAUGAGGGGCCUGUCCGAGCGCCUCGCCGCGCUGAAGGGAAGCCGCCCCCCCGAGAGCAACGGCCAGCAGGAUGCCCGAGGGGAGCCCAUCGAGCUCAAGACGCAAGCCCUAUAA